AUGCCAGUAGUCUCUCCCAGCUCUGUCCUUCUUCACUUCGCUUCAACUCUAGGCAAAGUCCAUUUCGACUACACGCCCCACUGGGGUCACGGAAACCCGAAUACGUACAUCGACAACGUCACUUUCCCGCGCGUGCUCACCGACAAGCAGUACACGUACCGCGUCUGCUGGGACGAGACCAGUCUCGGGAUCAAGAACGCUCUUGCUGUCCAGAGCGACGGCUCGCAAAUGCUCGACUUCGGCCAAUGGAACUGCGGCCGCGGAAUAAAUCAAAUGCACCGCAUUCGUGUAUACGUGGUCGACCCCGACAAUGGGAGCCAGUAUCUUGUGGCACAAUGGAACUAG